UACGCGGACACGAGUCGGAAUCUACGACACGGACAUAACGGAAGUUUAGACGGUUGCUCUGGGUGAACGAAAGGGGACACUCACAGCAUCGCGUCAAAUAAAUAAUUAUCUCCCCCUAAACUAACUCAGUUCCCCCUUUCCCUCACACAUGGCGUCCAAUUCUAAUAUGGAUAUUGAGGGUGCGACCCAGCAUCUCCGGGACAUCCUCAAGCUCGACCGUCCCGGGAAUAGCACCGAUACACCAUCAGGUGAUGGUCUGAGAAUGCCAUCUUUUAAUGGAGAGCUGAAUGGGUUAUUGGGAGCAGCAGGUCUUCUAGGAAGCACUGAUCGGUCAACCAUGUCAAAUUCCACCAGACCCAUCUCCACAGACCUCAGCAGCGCUCAGGAGUGUCAGAUAAUCUGCCUUUCUGGCGACGAUGGCUCCACCUGUAUCCCCAUCACCUCCAACAACGUGGAGAUUGUGGCAAGUCAAGACUCCAGCAUCAACAGCAAGGCUCGCGGCAGCAACAAGGUGAAGAUUCAACCCGUUGCCAAGUACGACUGGGAACACAAGUAUUAUUAUGGCAGACUGAUAGCCGUGUCCAACUCCUUCCUGGCGUAUGCCAUCAGAGGAGCCAACAACCAUGCAAUGAUUAGAGUCCUGAGUGUGGGUUUUGCUGAGCGAUCCCUACUGAAGGGCUUCACUGGAGCUGUCACAGAUCUGGCUUUUGCCCACCUCGACUCCUCCCUGUUGGGUUGUGUAGAUGAAGCGGGCAACCUGAUGGUCUGGCAGAUCACCUGCACUGGAAACAAGAUACUUGAUCAGGUGGUGGUUCAUAUCCGACGGCCAGAAGACUCCCCACUGAACUCCCACCGUCGCCUCAUCUGGUGCCCGUUCAUCCAGGAUGAAAAUGAGGAGAACCAGGAUGACACCAGCCAGACCUUAGCCCUGCUUCAUGAAGACAUGGCUGAGGUGUGGGACCUGGAAGUCUUGAGAGCCAACAACAGCAGUUGGCCUGUCGAUGCCACAGACCUAAAAGAAGGCCUCAUCACAAUCAAGGGACAUAACCAGCGAGUCAGUGAAGGGGCCCUGUCUCCAGAUGGAACCGUGUUAGCCACAGCCAGCCAUGAUGGAUACAUCAAGUUCUGGCAGAUAUACAUAGAAGGGGUACAGGACAAGCCGAGAUGUCUUCAUGAGCUGCGGCCUCACGGAGGACGUCCCCUCUCUUGCCUUCUUUUCUGUGAUAACCACAAAAGACAGGACCCCGAGGUUCCUUUCUGGCGGUUCCUGAUAACUGGAGCGGAUCAGAACCAGGAAUUAAAAAUGUGGUGCACUGUUUCUUGGACCUGUCUACAGACCAUCAGGUUUUCUCCAGAUCUGUUCAACUCAUCAGUUCUGCCAAGUCUAAAGGCCAGUCUGGACCUCUCUGCUCAGUAUCUCAUCCUCACCGACGUACAGAGGAAGGUUCUGUAUGUGAUGGAGCUGCGGCAGGAUCUGGAGAAAGGAAAGGCCAGUUUCACAGCAGUAUCCGAGUUCCUGCUGACCCACCCUGUGCUCAGCUUUGGGGUCCGGGAUGUCACCCACAGCCGAUUGCGACACACAGAGGUCCUCCCUGCAGAGGAGGAGAGUGAGAGUAUGACAACAGAGGGCACUCAAGGACCAACAGAGUCCAAGUCUGGCAUCCAAAUUAAACUCUACUGUGUUCACACCAAGAGUCUGCAGGAUGUCCAGAUCUGGUUUCAGCCCAACUUGGGUUCCAGCUCAACAAUCUUCCUGCCCCAUUCUGAUUCCCAGGAUGGUUUUGCAGGGUUUUCAGACCAUCUCACUGACCAGAGCUCUGACAAGGAUUCAGGAAGUGGCUCCCAGACCGACCUAAGGAAGAUCCCAUCGCUUCCUGCUCCCACUGACUUCCUGUCAAACUCGGGCGCCAGCAGUGGGACCAAGCUGAUGACUCCCGACGCCUUUAUGACACCAAGCACUUCGGUACCGGCAUCUCCUGGCAGUAGCGCCAGCAGUCUGACCGUUGUGACAGCUAUCAGCAGCAACUCUGACUCCACUAACAGAGCUAUUGACGAUGUCAGCCAGAGUCCUAACCGAGCAGAGAACAACGGCAGUAGUAGCAGCAGCAGCAGCAGUCUGGCCCUCUCCAACUCCACCAGCAGCCCAAGAGCUUCUUCUGUUGUGCUGAUGCCUGGACUGGAGAACCUACAGGCUUUAGCAUCCCCUAUUGGUCCUCUGACACUCGACAGCCCUCAGGUUCUGGACUCUCCCCUCCUGCCACCUCUGGCUUCUCCGACCAGGGCCCGCUCCCCUGACGUCAUCUCCUCCGCCUCCACUGCCAUGUCCCAGGACAUGCCAGAGAUUGCAUCCCAGACCCUGCAGCUUCAGCGUGGACUUGUGUCCAGCUUGGAGCCCCUACCGCUGUCUGCUCUCCAGACAGACAGCAUGGCCUCUGCUGCAUCUGCCCUGCACCUACUCACCUCACCACGCACAGCCAACAACAACAGCCUGUUGGCCCUUGAACUCGGAGGUGCUGAUGGGCCAGUGGGCGGCGCCGUAGAGUCAGAGCCCAGACUCAGCCACACCCCAUCACUACUUGAGAAUGCCUUAUCACAGGAGAACCCUGGGGUUGGUGGAGGGUCCUCAGAUGUUAGUGUCAGCCACACACCUUGGCCGGCUGCGCCUGACAUCACUCGAGAAACCAGGAACAGUCUCAGGGACAAUGGUCUUGGAGACUGUUCAAGAGAGGAGUUGAAGGACAGGCACUUGAGCUCACCUUACCAUCGACGCUCCUAUCACCUCACACAGAAUGACAGUCAGGACGCUGGUGCAGAGCAGAGUGACCCUGAUGAUGAGGUGGCCAGCCUGGCAUCAUCCUCAGGAAAAAGUGGCUCUCGUUCUUCUCACAGACUACCAGUCAAGGACUGGAAGACCUCACCACGAGGCUCGCCAAAAGUAAAGAGGAAGACCAAAAAAGAUGACAGUGAAUCGUCUCAGUCCAGGCAAAUGGACUCUGUUCAGAUGAAUGCAGAAGUGCAGGACGAGUUGUUGAUGCUCCUGCGUAGCCAGCAGAGAGAACUAACUGAACUGCGUGGUCAGAUUGAAGCCAUGCAAAGCACCAUUAUGGCCCAAGUAGAGCAUGUCCUUACCAACCACCAGGAACAAGAACAGCGCAGACUAGAGCGAGUUCUGUCCGAGAGUCAGAAUCAUCAACAGCAGCUUCAGGAACAACUCAGCCAGCAGCUCAGCCACACCCUCAGCUCGGUGCUGACCAACAGAAUGGAUAAAGUGAUUCGAGAGGAAAUGAAGAAAACGGUCCCACAAUCAAUCUCUAAGAGUCUGGAGCCAGUGACUGGUCAGCUGAGCAAUACAAUUGCUGCUAAGCUGACUGCUGUGGAGGUCACCCUGAAGGAAAAUGUCAGCAAGGUGGUCAAAUCCAAGAACACAACAGAUGCAAUUGGUCGAGCAGCAGCAGAAGCCAUGCAGGGACCCAUCCAGGCAGCCUAUAAAGACGCCUUCCAGGGCAUUGUGCUGCCUGUUUUCGAAAGAGGCUGCCAAUCCAUGUUUCAACAAAUCAACGACAGCUUCAAACAAGGCACACAAGAAUACAUCCAACAGCUUGAGACCCAUAUGAAGAACAGGAAGCAGAAAGAGCAGGAGACACGAGACCCCAUGAUUGGCCAGCUCCAGCAGAUGACUGACAGCUUCCAAAGCUCCACCGAUCAGCUGGCCAAUAACAUCACAGCUAAUGUCCGGGCAGAGGUCCAGCACCAGAUCCAGAUGAUGGUGGGAAAUUUGCAGGAGUCUAUUCUUAGCCAUGUGCAACGAAUUGUCAAAGGGGAGGUGAGCCAGGCAAUGAAGGAGCAGCAGGCAGUGGUCACCUCCAGCAUCAUGCAGGCAAUGAGGUCAGCGGCCAGCACACCUGUCCCCACAGCACACCUAGACUACCAGACACAGCAGGCAAACAUCCUGCAGCUCCUCCAGCAGGGCCAGCUCAACCAGGCUUUCCAGCAGGCUCUUUCAGCGACCGAUCUGAACUUGGUCUUGUAUGUGUGUGAGACCAUCGACUCUCAGCAGGUGUUUGGCCAGCACCCCUGCCCUCUCAGCCAGCCUGUGCUGCUGUCACUCAUCCAGCAGCUCUCCUCCAACCUCACAACCCGCUCUGAGCUGAAAAUCAGCUACCUGGAGGAUGCAGUGAUGAAUCUGGACCACAGCGACCCGCUGACUAGAGACCACAUGUCCUCGGUGUUGGCCCAGGUCCGACCGAAGCUCUUUGCCUUCCUGCAGCAGGACCCACACAGCCCGCUCAGCAAGAGGGCGCGGCGCCUGAUGAUGAUGCUGCAGGGUCUCGUCAGCCACUAGUCCUCCAUUGAAAGAGCGGUGCAGGGGAGUCGUUUCCUCACAGAUGCACAUGGAUACAGAUCAUGAGUCCCUUUUUUGUUACGAGUCCACGGACGUUUUAGAGGAGAAAGCAACGACAACUUCACCCCACUCGGAACAGUCUCUUGGAGCUAAGGAUGGGGACGUGCUGUCGGUUGGAGAUGGAAGACGAGGGCUCCUAAAUGACUGAGCUUGAAACCUCUCGCUCGGUUCAAGAAUUACGGUUUCCACCUGGCCCUCCACACAACCCUAAUCCAGCUCUUUCUCCCCCGUUCCAUUUGUUCCCGUUCCUCCCCCUGUUCCACUUGCACCAGUGAGGUGUCAAGUUAGGAAAUAGAUUUUUUUUUUUUUUCCUGGACAUACCUUCAGUGCAAGACAAUAAAGGUUUGGACAACUCUGAAGUUGCCGCUUGUUCCCCCAAGAGGCAUUCUGGUCGUCUCUCAUCCUUUUAGCACCAUCAAGAAACAAAAGAAACGAGCUGAAAUGUCUGGUCGUCCCCGUCUCCCAGACACAUCGUACCUGACACUCCUUUGAUGCCACUUCAUCCAAAUGUGCAUAAGACUCAAAGAAUGUUCAGCUGAGUGGUCCACAAGACCAAACAUCGCUGUUUCUUUUGGCAAGAGAUGGCUUGCCUAAAAAUGUCCCCUUGUAUUUUGGCCUUAUGAGCAAACAGCAGGCUUGGACACAUUUCUUUUUAUUUUUAUUUUUUUUUUUUUUCAAUACAGACCAGCAUCUUUGCUAGAGCCAACUUGGAAUUCGGUAGCUGCAUUAUUUCGCUGUCCUCAGUUAAGUUUUUUUUUCAAACCUCCAAGCUAAUCCGGGCAACCAAAAGUAUGUAACAUUGAAAGCCAUUUCAUGUUUGUGGCAUAUUUUCUUUCAGUUAUUUCUUAAUAGGUUGGAGACGACAACCUUGCUAGGCAUAAUCAGUCUCAGUGCUUUGAAGAGGAUCAACAUGCUGAAUUGUUUUGCUGAAAGUUAAUUGAAUUUGUUCCUGCGUUGGUAUUCGGGAUGGAAAGCAUAUCGUACUUUUUUCCACUCUGGCCUUGUUUUCACAAAUCAUUCUAAUGAGGGUCUCUGAAGAAGACAAAUAAGGUUAAAGGAUGAGAAAUAACAAAUAUGUGUGAAGGUCCUCCAGGCUGAAAAGAAUUCACCCUUUGAAUCUAAAAUGUUUGGAGCCCAACAUCAUGUUUGGCAGCCGUCCAUGUGUACAGCUCUGUCCUGUAAAUUGGUUUCUCCUGUAUGUCUGUCCCUUUUUUAUAUAAACAUUUAGCAUUUGUAAGAAUUGUAUACUUGCUUUAAGAGUUGUCAAACUAGUUACAUACUACAUAAUGAAACACUUCCUAAACCUAAUUGUUACCGAUGAUGUUAGUGUAUCAGGCUAUCCCAAAUAAUGUUUGUAAAUUGAAUGUGCAGUUACUUCUCAUAGGCUCUAGGAGGCAGCACUUGGUUGGACUGUUCACCCUUCUUGUCAUUUAGGUUUUGGCUUCAGAAGUCAUUCCUGCUCUCUCAGUAUCUGUUUUACCAAACAUUGAAAAGCCUGCACCUGUUUGUUCACCUCUAAAGUGAGUUGAGGAUGAUGAUUUGUGUACAGCCCAUUUACACACGCAUCAUUGUUUAGUUUCAGGGCGGCCACAUCGUUUAGCUGAUUGUAAAACAAAAGUUCUGUUAAUUUGACGUCUAUAGAUUCUGUUAAGUUGGAUUUGUCUAGCAAGUGCCUUAUUGUAUUCUACAUGUUACACUUAAGCAUUUGAUCCCAUUUGGGCCUUUAGAACACUUGUAAUGUUUGAGCAAUUAUCCCAUUAUCCUUUUCACUUUUACAAGCAUUUAUGUCGUUAAAAUGUCGGAUCUGAAGUAAGACUCAAACAGCACAGCAGAGGAGAAUCUAUGUUUUGUUUACUAACAUGACUACCAAGACGGCUGAUUUGGACAGAUAUUUGACUGAUCAUGCAACACAGAGAGAGAUGUACUAUUUUGACUACUACCACCUUCACCUUUCAGUUACAGACCCCAGUUUAUUGUCCUCAGAGUAGAAUGACAGGUUGACUCCUGCGUUACCCUGAGUGGGAGCCGUGUGUGAGAAACAACUGAGGCUAGUGUGUAUGUUAUUUUUUCUUUAUCCAUUCUGUUCAUUUCCCUCUGCUUGGAUGCUUAUGUUGUAUCUUUUACAGUUUAUUUUACCCUAAACAUUUUGGAAUAAAAAAAAGACUUGUUCACUU